ACAGUGGACAGCCAAGUCCACAAAUCUGAUCACUGAUCUCAAUAUGAAUAUUCAGCGAAGUCACACUUCGAUUCGAAGUGCAGCAAACCCAUCACUAUCUACGGACUACGGUUGGAAAACCACCUGUAUCUGUGACAAAGUAAUUCCAAUCGACUGGGAAAAGCUUUAGCUCUAAAACGAGAGAUACAACAAGAUGUCAUAAGAAAUCUGAAAAAAAUGAAAGAAAAGGAGGAACAUUGGAAAGAGUACGUCAGCCCUGGCACGAUUCAGUCGUGCUACUUCGUCUCCACGGGGGCAGUUCGGCGACGAUACCCGAACGAGCUCUUCGACGAGGCGGCAAGAUGCGCACGCAACCGUCAGUAUCCCUUGCGCGUUCGGUAGGGUUCGGUAACGGUCGGAGAACGUUCGGCCGGUUCGUUCGGUCGAACCGCGAGAGCACAGUAUACCGCUGACUGACAACCCUCUCGCGUGCAAUGUCUCGCCGCGGCUAGUUGAAACCGAGACAUUCCCUGUCUCUUCGUUUUUUCCCCCUUUCUGCCUUGGUUUCGUCCGAGUAACAAAACAGUGCCAAAAAUAUCGGAUAGAACGUCUUAAACGUUCGCACCUGCCGACACGUAUCGACGUUUCGCGGCUAGCAGUGUGUGACACGUCGAACCGUUUAAGCCGCGUCCCUGUCUCUCGGUUUGUCUACCCCUCUCCCUCUGUCCCUUUCAUUUGUUUUCUCUGAUCCGGGAAACAUGGAUGAGGUGAACGGAAAGAUGCGGAGCAAGCACGAGGACGUAGAUACUGCGUCCCUCGGCGCGGACAUUCUGAAUCCGUUCGUGCACCGUCUGGAACUCGACACAACCUAUGACAAGCUCAAGACUGCAUUCCUGACGGUAGCUCUUCUACCAUUCAGACUGGCUGCAAUUACGACUCUGGUGAUCAUGGCUUGGCUCCUAGCUUGUCUAGGUCUUCUUGGAUUGUCCGAGGAAGAUCUCCGUCGAGCCCCUCUGAAAGGGUGGAGACGAAACAUACGAAUUGUGAUCUGCUGGAUGAUGCGGGCGUUGUUCAUCUGCGGAGGAUUUCACCAUCUGAAGGUCAAAGGUCGUAAAGCGGAGACAAAGGAUGCCCCCAUAUUAGCCCUAGCCCCGCAUUCAAGCUUCUUCGACGCACUUCCGGUUAUUUACCUCGGCGGACCGAGCAUCGUCGCCAAGGCGGAGACCGGGCGCAUUCCUUUUUUCGGAAAACUUAUCAACUAUACGCAACCGGUCUACGUUUGGAGGGAAGAUCCGAACUCACGACAAAAUACGAUCAAGGAAAUUAUCGAAAGGGCUACUUCGAAAGAGGAUUGGCCGCAGAUAAUGAUUUUCCCAGAAGGUACCUGUACAAAUCGAUCGUGCCUCAUUACUUUUAAAUCGGGUGCAUUUUAUCCGGGUGUGCCUGUUCAACCUGUAUGCAUCAGGUAUCCUAAUAAAUUGGACACGGUAACGUGGACUUGGGAAGGUCCUGGCGCGUUAAAGUUAUUAUGGCUGACAUUAACUCAACUGAAUAGCAGUUGCGAAAUAGAGUUCCUCCCUGUUUACAAGCCCAGCGAAGCUGAGAAAACGGAUCCUAAGCUUUACGCAAAUAACGUGCGUCGCCUUAUGGCAGAGGCCUUGCAGAUUCCAGUAUCGGAUUAUACGUACGACGAUUGUCGAAUUAUUACUAAAGCGCAUCAGUUGCACAUACCGCGCGCAUCGAUCAUCGUAGAAGCCCAUAAACUUCGUAAUAAACUCGGAUUGGUAGCGGCGAAAACAGAAGAAGAAUUGGUUCAAAAGAAGACCCAAAGGUUAAACGAAGACGUUAACUUGCACGAGUUCGCGCAAAUACUUAGAAUCGAUGAGAAAGAACCUGCUACCCAACAGCUCUUCCGAAUACACGAUAGACAUGGACAGGGUAAAAUAGAUUUCGAGGAAUAUAUAUUCACAGUAUUAGCCACGGCAAAUGCGAACACCGAACUAGACAAAAUCGAAACAGCAUUUGAAGUUUGUGGUACGAAAUCAUUAUUAUGUAUUGAUAAAGUGGAACUGAGGAAAGCUUUAAAAUUGGCGUUAAACAUACCGGCGGAAGAAUCGGAUAAGAUCUUUCAGCAUGCGAAAAUUGAUCCUUCCGAUACGACGGUAAACUUUGAAUUUGUACUGGCCGCAAUAGCAGCGCGAGCGGAGUACGCUCAUAUAUUUACCGUAAAUUCCGAAACGAGGAAAAAAAAUAUUUGAGAGUAUUUCAUCGACUCGUUCCAUGCUCAUCGAAGAUAUAGGAGACAUCGCGUUUGCAGCAGGCCGCUUCUCAACCAAACCUGCGUCAGUCCUGUGUAACUUUGUUUCAUUCUUGCUGAUAUUAAUACUGUUUCAACGAAUAGAUAGCCAUUUUUUUUAGUAUUAUAUCGUUGACGAAGCAAGAAGCCCGUCUUCGUGAGGAUAAAGAGAAAUACGGAACGAGAAGAUCGCUGCAUAGUAUAUUUAAGGAUUGUAUUAAAUAAAUGAGUUUGUCGUCUGGCGUGUUCGUAUAGCGCAGAUACAUUUCUUCAUUUCUAGAAGAACGUUUUUCCUACGAGCGAGGUCGAUUCCCAAAGGAGCUGUUACAGUUUGAAGGAAAAACGAAGUAAGACAUGUAUUCGCUAAUUACUUCGGGUACAUCGAUGAUUUUUGUUAUUUAUUAUUAUACAUUUGUUUUAAUUUAUGAAGAAGUGAACUUUUAUAACACACCGUUCGUUCGUUCGAUCGCGGGAGCGUAUGACUGUAUGGUGUACAACAUAGAAAAAAAAAAGAUUUUCCUUUUUUUGUUGUUUAUUGCAUAAUUCGUACACACAAUAAAUGUGAUAUAGCUUUCCUUUUCAUUUUGAUAAUACCGUAGUAAGGAAAGUGUCAUAAUUUUGCCUUUAAUUAGUACACGUUUGAUUUAGAAUAGGCUUACCUCGCAUCGUUGCUCGCAACGGUGCUUGUAAAAUUUUCUCACCCGUAAUGUUUCACAUUCGAAUUCGAGAUCAUGUAAAUAGUGGUACACGAAAGGUUUCUUAGGCGUAAGCAUGCAAAACUCCGUGUAAAAAUUUAAAAGUCACGACGGGGCGAAUUGUCCACGAGGAGUAAUUAGUUUUAGAAUUAUUUUAGAUCGCUCAGGGCUCGGAAGAAUUCGAAAGCUAUUGAACAUUUCGUGCGUUGCAAUUGAGUGGCGAUUGGCCGUUCCGAUUGUAAACUUAUUCGAGUUUCUGAUAUAACCGAGGAAACCAAAUACGUUUAAAACUUGGAUCUGCAUUUAGAAUAAAUAUAUUAUAAAAUUUAUUCUUUGCACAGUAAUAGUACAUACUACAGUAUUUAAUAUUUAAUAAACAUAAAUACAUAUACAUGUGUACAUUUAU